GCCUCAGUGGGUGGACAUAGAUAUCUCUGCUACUAAAGAGAUGAAGCCGUGUUUGGUACUUUUAGUCGCGCUAAGUCUUCAGGCAGCUGUGGCAGAAUGGUCGUACCAGACGUCCUGGUAUGAAAAGGCACGUCAGGACAAAGUUGCCCGCGGAACUGUUUGGCCCCAGCCGAGGUCCAUAGAUACCACGUCCGUAAGAUACUACCUCGACCCUCGUAACUUCAGGCUUGAGGCGGACUCUAGCUCUGCUGCAGUGAGUGAUCCCGAGUGCAAGGAAGUUGUGGAUCAUGCCUUGAGUAGGUAUGGUGAGUUGCUGUUCUGGAUCCCUGAAGAAGACAGGGCCGGUGUGGACGGAGACGAGACUCUGGACAAGCUGGUGCUGACCGUCACAAGCGGCUGCACCAGAUAUCCUAGUCUGGAGUCGGACGAGUCAUACUCGAUUUUGGUAAGUUCUGACGGAGCAACGCUUCGGGCCCAAACCGCAUGGGGCGCUCUCAGGGGGCUGGAAACAUUCAGCCAACUGAUAUACGGAGAGAACGGCAAGCAUGUUGUCAACGGGACGAGUAUCAGUGAUUCUCCCAGGUUUCCACACAGAGGCAUCAUGAUAGACACAGCCAGGCACUACCUCCCUCUGCCGUUUAUUCUGCACCACCUGGACGCCAUGGCUUACAACAAGAUGAAUGUGCUCCACUGGCACAUUGUGGACGAUCAGGCCUUUCCCUUCCAAAGUACCACUUUUCCAGAUCUCAGCGGAAAGGGUGCAUACACUAGGAAGCACGUCUACACACCAGAUGACGUCAGCCAAGUCAUUGAGUUUGCGCGCCUGCGCGGAAUCAGGGUCAUCCCAGAAUUUGAUUCCCCUGGUCACAUGAUGUCUUGGGGUCAAGGUCAUCCGGAAAUUCUGACCAGGUGCUACCCUACGAGUUUCCAACCAGACAUCUAUUAUCUUGGCCCAGCCAACCCAGCCCGGGAAACUACAUACACCUUCAUGAGGAAGCUGUUCGAGGAGAUCCGAGAGCUUUUCGCGGACGAAUAUUUCCAUGUGGGCGGUGAUGAGGCCCGCUUCCAAUGCUGGAAGAUAAAAGAAGCAUUCCACAUCCGGUUGGAAGGUGCGAAGCUGAACCGCAACGAUGGCUGGGAGCUACCCAAGUCCUACUUACCCCUACUCCGCAAGGAGGCAGAUGGAGGGGAAGAAGAUCCACGGACUGAGGCACAGAAGCAACUCGUCAUUGGUGGAGAAGCUUGCCUAUGGGCUGAAUGGGUAGACUCUACAAAUUUUAUUCCUCGGAUGUGGCCCCGUGCUAGUGCUGUAGCGGAGCGGCUGUGGAGCCCACAGGACGUGGCAGACAGUGAAGCAGCGUCACCUAGGAUGGAGGAGCAGAGGUGCAGGAUGGUCAGGCGAGGCAUCCCUGCCCAACCCCAGGGACCCAGCUACUGUGAGUACGAGUGGAACAUCCUCAGCCAGCUUCCCAACUACCGUCCAGUCAUCACCUCAUCCGGACCUCGUGUGACGGAAGGACUGUUUCACAUCAUGUUCCUCAACGCAUUGGUCCUGGCAGUGGUCAAGUGUUUGGCCUAG